CUGGCCAUUCUGACAUUUGACAGAACAGCGGCAAUUGUUUAUAAACUGCAACAUAAAGCUAAGCGAGCGUAAACAGUAUGCAAAAAGAACAGUGGGGCGCCAUUGAGGAGGAGUGCGGGACAUUUGCGUUAGACAAAUAUGUGCCCACGACGGCCAAAAAGCCCAAACUGGAUGAGCUACGGCAGCGCGGGGAUUUGAUGACCAUGGAUAAGCAAGAUCAAAUUGAGCUGAAGAGCUCACUGGUCACGCAAACCAUCGAGGUUAUGAAACAAACCGAAGUGCUGCAAUCCCUCAUCGACACCUACUCGAACAAAAACGGAACCUCCAACUAUCUGCUAAAUCCCUGCCAAAUGAUACCCGAAGUGGACUUUCCGCCAGAGAACGCUGCUGACUUAGUCAGCGAGCAAAAGUUCCAGAAACCCAUCUGGUUCAUACCUACUGUGGAUACCGCAUUCUCUCGAGGCGAUCCACAACCAUAUCCAGAGAUCUCCACCAACACCUGCCGGCAUACGAUGCGUAAAGUUAUGUGCGGCCUGCUCCGGCUGGCGGGUUUCACGGACUGCUCUGAAUCGGCGGUUAUACUGCUGACAGAUGCAGCCGAGGAAUUCAUGCGCAGCUUUAUCACAGAGUAUCGCGACUUCUACGACAUCGAUGACAAACUGGAGAAGUCAACGGAUCUGCAGCUGCUGCCGCUCGAGCGGGCCUACUUCAGCAUGACGGGCACCUCGCUCACCCAGGUGCACAACUACUACAAACAUAAGGUGAUAUCGCGCAAUCGCGCUGAGAUCAACGAAUUCACCAGCGUGCUGCAUGAUUACGACAAGCUGAUGAAGGAGAGCCAGAGCAGCAUGCAGAAGCAGCAACAACAGCAGCACAACCAACACGAUUUCAAUGGGCACGAUUUUCUUAACAUACUCGAAAUGCAGCCAGGCGAAGAUGGGGGCAGCAGCGCGACUGGUAGCAACAGCAUGGGUAACAUUGUUGGCGAAAUGCUGCAAGAGCUCGGCGGCAGCACCAACUCUAGCAUCUCGCUGAGCAACGUGAGCAGCGGCCAACAACAGAUGCUAAACAGCAACGCCUUAUACGGCCUGCUUGAAGGCCAAAUGAGCAACAACAGCAACACGAUGGCCAGCACAACGAACUAUCAAAACAAUUUUGAUACCUAAAACUGAAUUACAUGAUGCUAUUGGCUUAAUUCGGAACAUUUAGGAUCAGAAGAGUGCCAUACAGCAUGGUUGCAGCAUGAAAGUUCCACUAGCAUCCUUUAUAAUUAGCCUCAAAGUGCCGAAAUUUAAAUACCCUAUAUAUAUAUUUCUACACUUAAUGUUUUCUUAGAUAGAAAAAUACUUAAAUAACAUGUCCAAUCGAUUUUGGUAUAUAUAUCUAUA